AUGACUUUGUCCCAUCAACAACUUCCUGUUCCUGAAGAACUUCAGUCUGAACUACAACCAUUACAAUCACCGUCGUUAUCAUCAACGGGAGCAACAGCAGUACCAACCACCACCACAACAAUAACAACAACAACAACAACAACAACAACAACACAAUCAUCGAAGAAAGAUAAGAAAAAAAGUUCAUCAUCUCCUAAUGAAGCUCCUAGACCUCAUGUAUGUCCUGUUUGUAAUAGAGCGUUCCAUCGUUUGGAACAUCAAACAAGACAUAUAAGGACUCAUACUGGUGAAAAGCCACAUUCUUGUGAUUUCCCAGGAUGUACCAAGAAAUUCAGUAGGUCUGAUGAAUUGACAAGACAUAAGAGAAUCCAUACAAACCCAAACCCACGAGGUAAAAGAGGUCGUAAGAAAAAAAUUGUGGCUCCUCCUCCAGCACAAUCUGAUACGGAUACCCCCAUUCAGCAAACCCCAUUACAAUCACCGAUUUUUGAAUCCUCUUCACGUAUACGUCUCAAUGCUCUGUCGUCGCUACAAUUGAUGACACCUUUGCAAACAAUUUCCUCCCCUUUGCAAGCCACAUCUUCUAUGUUUAUCGAUACCCCAGAACCUCCUUCCAAUUCGUCCUCUACGAAAAUCAUCCUGCCAAGACCAAGAUCUCUGACAGAUCUAUCGUCCCACACAGCAUUCUCCAUUACAAAAUCAUCAAACUCUCUAUCAUCAUCCUCUUUGUCAAGAAUGAAAAGACAAUCCUCAGCACUAAGUCUUUCCGAUUUGAUAAACAAAUCUACUCAACAACCAUUAUUCACUUCCAUCACACAUAACAUAUCAGACCCAGAUUUCAGUGACGACGAAACUUUGGGUCUCAAAGAUCCGCAAACUCAUUCAAGGAAAAAUUCGGGAACCACGCCAGUAAGAAUAUUAGAAACAAGAACAGCAACCGCUGGCCUCAAUAUCAAUACCAAUACAAUCACCAAUACCGCAAAUAACAAUAACGCCAACACCACAAAUAAUGCAUCAUCGGAUCAUUUCACCAAUGAAUUAAGCACAAGGUUAUUAGUAGUACAGCAACAGCAGAAACAAAACGAUCCAAUCUCGUCAGAUAUUAUCGCUUGCCAAGAUAAUUCGCCGUUGCCUCCUAUUAGAAGUUUGCAAUUGCAAUUUCCUACCGAUUGA